CAUUGAACAACAUUCUAUCCCGCCGAUCCCACCUUUCAUUUCGUGGAUAUCAAGAUCCCACGUGAUACGCGACACAACUUAUACUACGAUAUCUGUGUUACUGAGUCGCGAGUUACAUGUUUUAGUUUUAAGUCAGUACUCAGACACUGCCUGAGACACAGUAUCAAUACCGUAAUUGUUCCAUUACUUAUCACUACUAUCCAUUAGUUAAUUUUCCCUCACUAAAAGUGAAAUUAAUUAAAAAAACGAUCAAAAUUUUCUUAAACUCCAAUCGCGAGUGAAAUAUAAUUUAAGUGAAAUUACAAAUUUUUAUAUUGCAUUUAUUUACAUAAAUAAUUAGUUAUUAAUUAUUAAUAACAAAUUGCGUAAAUUUUAUUUUUCCUUCAUAAAAAAAAAUGUAAAACUGUUUGUUGAUAAACGUGCAGCAAAUGUGGGAUCAAUACGAGAUGGAAAAGACGGAGACGACGUUGUCAAUGUCAACAAUAAAUUAAAAAUAACAUCAAUUUUUUUUUUAAAUUAAUUUAUUUAAUUACUUGUUAAUAUUUUUUAACAAAAUACUCAAAUAUGGAUAAUGAGCAGUACUCAAAUUCUGUGCUAUUAAAUACAUUUGUUAUUAAAAAAAAAAGAUGUAAAGUAUAUUUUCAUAACGGAACACUAGUUUGGCAAACGGAGCGACCGCCUUACAUAAGGUGGACAUUGCCGCUGACAGACGCGCUGGCUGUUAAUUAUGGCGAUGAUUACAUACCUGAGACGAGGAUAAAGGAAAAAGUUCCGGAUGCGAUUGGACCCACGUCGCCGACGAGUUUUAUUCUUCAUUAUGCCGCGAGAGGCCCGAAAAAUCGCUGGAGUCAUCAUAAUGUUGUGAUGAGUCAUACUGACCCGAGACAAGUCGCUUCUUGGGUUAAAACUAUCAGGAAUUAUUUAUUGAGCAUUGCUCAUCGACCAAGACGGAUAAUCGUCUUUGUAAAUCCGUUUGGAGGUAAAAAGAAAGGGACUAAGAUAUGGGAAAAACAAGUCCAGCCGUUAAUGAAGUUAGCUUGUGUUGAAAUGAAAACAAUAAUUACUGAGAGAGCUGGACAUAUUCAUGACUGUUUGCUCAAUUAUAAUUUAGAUGACAUUGAGGCAGUAGUUUGUGUGGGAGGUGACGGCACAUUUGCAGAAGUAUUUAACGGUCUGAUAUUACGAGCAGCUAAAGAUCAUCAUGUAGAUCCAAACAAUCCUGACGUAACACUUCCAACACCUAAAUUACCUGUUGGUGUGAUACCAAGUGGAAGUACUGACACUGUUGCUUACAGUCUUCACGGAACGACAGACGUUCAAACAGCCGUAAUCCACAUAAUAUUUGGAGAUACAACGGGCCUUGAUAUUUCCUCAGUCCAUGGAGAUCAAACCCUCCAGCGAUUGUACGCAAGUGUUUUGAGUUACGGGUACCUUGGAGACGUGAUACGUGACAGCGAAAAAUUUCGUUGGAUGGGACCCCAACGCUACGACUACUCCGGUUUCAAAAAAAUAAUAGCGAACCGCGGAUACGAAGGUGAAAUUGAGUUACUAUCAGAUCCUUGUCAUCCAGCAGCGAGCACCCGGUGUACGAAAAAUUGCACACGAUGCAUUCGUCAUAUGCACAAUAGUAUUGCGGAUAAAGAAAUCGCAAGGUGGCUGACAGUGAGGGGUAAAUUUUUUAUGGUAAACGGCGCUAAUGUAUCGUGUGCUUGCUCAAGAAGUCCUCAAGGAUUUAGUCCGCACUGUCAUAUUGGCGAUGGUUGUAUUGAUAUUAUUCUAGUCCGACAUACGUCAUUAUUUAAUAAUAUAAGAAUGCUGCUGAGAUUAACCAGCAAAAAUAAAACAGUUUACGACUUACCAUUCGUUGAAGUAUAUCGAGCACGUGAGUUUACAUUCCGAGCUUCUUCAACAACAUCAACAAAUGACGCAGUUGACACAAGCUCACAAUUAAGCGUUUGGAAUUGCGACGGCGAAGUGCUUCAACACGCGGACGUCAAGAUACGGGUUCACUGCCAGUUAUUGAAGGUUUUUACUCGACGUAUGCAAGAACCUAUUGAAGAACCCAAAUGUUUUUGUUUUCCAUAAUCAUAAUAAUCACAAAUAAAAAGAGAAGUAAAACUAUUUUAUGCUGAUUGAGUAGGGGAGGGUCAAGUGCAAUAAUUUAAAUAAAAUUCUGUGAAUUUUGCCAUUGAUAUUAAUAUUUUAAUGUGUAUGCGAAUGCGUAAACUCUAUUACUGAAGGGUGCACAUGUAUUUAUAGUUAUAUUUAAUUUUUAAUUUUUUUUUUACCUUCGGACCUUUGAACGCGUGAUCCGCUGAAAUGUAUUUAUGCCCGCCUUAAAUAUAGAAUAAGCUCAUUUUUUUACAAUCUUAUUUUAGUUUUUAUUAAGCUCGUUAUUAUUUUCUCAACAAUUUUCGAGUGAAAAAAAUAUUUUCGUACUUAAAUCUUUCCACUAUAUUAUAUUAUAUAAUAGUAAAAAAUAAAAAAAAAUAAUUUAAUAAAAUAAAAAUAGAAUUGAGUAUUUUUUAGAUAUAUUUAGAUUACAGAAAAAAUAUAUUAAACUUUAUGAUAAUUUAUUCCGUUCGAAAUGAUGGCUGUUGAAUAAUGCAAUUAUAUGAUUUUUUAAAUUAAAACUUAUAAUGUAAAGAGUAAUGAUUAAUUAAUUAAUUAAUUAAUUAAAUAAUGGAGUAACUGUAAAUAGUGGAUUAAAUAUAUGUGAGUAAAAAUAAUUGUUAAAGUUACAUAUCAAUACUAUUUUGUAACACUUGUGUAUUGAUCGCAAGUGAAUGUCUUUAAUUUUUUAAUCUAUUGAUGUUUAUAUUUUUAAAUGAAAGUUUUCUUGCCUCUCUAUACAUUUUAUGUUGAUAUCAUUAAGUGGAGGGAAAUUUGAAUAGAAGCUCAUGAGUAUUUUUAAAUAAUUUUCUGGUUGAAGGAAGUAUGUGACGAAUUAUUGUGAUAAAUGAAUAAAUAAAGAUAAAUGCAUAUAGAUAUAUAUAUAUAUAUAUAUCUAUAUAAAUAUAUGUAUUCGAAAAUGAUGUAUUGCAUCGAAUAGUAUUGAGAAGCUUUUAAUGAA